CAAUGGGUCUAUAUAGCAUCUUUUAAAAACCAGGUAAAUAAUCUGAAUCUUAAUCUGUAAAGUUAAGAAAUGGCAUUCGAAACGAGUACUUUUAAAACUAUAGAUCAACCGAAUAGAAGAACUGGUCACCGCACUGUAUCAGUAGGUGAUUCACUGUACCUGUGGGCUGGUAAUCAAGAUGGUUUGCCUGAAGUACAUGAUAGUGAAGAGAAGAGAAGGAUCACUAGUAAUAUACAGCACUUUACUCCUUCAACUGGUCAAUGGAUCACUAGAGGUACUACUGGUACUCCUCCAUUAGGAAUCAUUGGAUACUGCUGUACUGCAAUAAAUGAUCUAUUGUAUUAUUUCGGGGGAGAUUGUGGCCAUGAAAACUGCUAUCACAACAGUAUUACACAACUGGAUACCGUUAGUCUUCAAUGGAGAGAAUUAGAACCAACUGAUGCAACUAGACCAGUUAUGAUGAGGGGUCAUGGUGGAAUGAUGUCAUUUGAACAUGAUGGAGCACACCAUUUACUAAUGAUAGGAGGAAAAGGAUCUAAACCAGCUGUAAAAUUACCUGAUUAUAAAUAUAUUGAGUUACCUAAUGGAGCAUGGCGUACUAAUGAGCACUCAAUAUAUAAUAUAUUAUCAAAAAAAUGGAGUAAUCCUUCAAUCAUUGGUCAGUGUUUACCACCUGCUGGCGGCUUUAUCAUUGAAAAGAUCAACAACACUAGAGCUGUUCUGUUUGGUGGAAUGGAGACUGAUGAUAAGGCUAAGGAAACUGUUGCUAACAAUAUUUAUUUAUUAGAGAUACAUGUAUCAAUCAGCACUGUGUUCUGGCAGUGUAUAAAGAAACGUAAUGCAAUAGAGCAAUGGCCAGUAGGUAGAUUCAUGUAUGGAGGUGCUAUUAUUAUAACUGGAUCAGACUGUCCUAUGCUAGUGAUAAGUGGUGGGUUAGAUAAGCAUUAUGACACAUUAGAUGAUUGUUGGAUCUUUAACAUCACUCAACAUUCCUGGAUAAAGUUAGAUGUACCUCACUCUGUUAGUAAGAGAAGGAGUCAUUCUCUCUCAGUGUUCAUUAUGAGUCCUCAUUGUGUUUGGAUGAUAACUGUUGGAGGAUAUGCUUAUAACUUCAGUGGUAUUGACCAAUUGAGCUUAAUUGAUGAUAUCAAUGUCGUGAUAACUGAACUAGUUAUCAACAGUCGAGGAGGGUGUCUGGUAGGUGAUACAUUUGAUCCUAAAGAGAUGACUAGUGAAUACUACAAGAAGAAGUAUUGGCACAUAAAAGGAGUAUGCUUGGAACACUUGGAGGAGUACCAGAAACCAAGAAAAGGAAAUACAGCCGAUAUUGAGCAAACAGUACAAGCUCUUAUGAAGAGGCUUGAAGAGAAGGAAAUAAAAUUGCAAGAAAAGGAGAAAGAAGUCCAAGCUUUUUGCCAAAAAAUGGAGCAGAAGGAAAGAGACGAAGCAGAGAAAGAUCAAGAAAUAAGAAAAUAUUGAAGAGGAUAUGCACUUUUGACAUUAUUGCAUGUUAAAUUAUUUAUUACUCUAGAACCUUCUAGGACUUUUUGUGUUUUCUAGGACAUUGCAAAUUAUUCUUAUUUAUCUGUAUGUACAUUAUUACACAUGUUACCAGAACAUUCUAGAUUCUUUUCAGUUUUGUAUAUAAGUGUUCUGUGUUGUGUUGAUUGCAUUGCAUUAUAGUUCUUAGUUAUUGGUUUAAGUAAAGUUAACUUGGUUGUAUUC